UAUACUCUCCUACACAGGUUUCUCCUAUCCAGCACCACCAGGCUCCAUAUUUCCUAUGGCUCUGACUGAUGUGGAUCCAAACUGCAGAAGGGUUGGGGGUAAUGGCACCUCGAAGCCUAAGCACGCACCCUUGCCCUUAUCUAAGGAACAACUGAAAGAAGUAUUCAGGCGCUCUGACAGCAAUAAAGAUGGCCGCCUCAGCAAGGAAGAGCUUAAGAAAGCCUUCAAUGAACUUGGUUCACGAGUCCCAGUCUUCCGAACCCUUGCAGCACUUCAUCAUGCUGAUGAAAACGGAGACGGGUACGUAAGUGAGGAUGAGUUGGACGCUGUGGUUCAAUAUGCUGUAGGACUUCGUUAUGCAAAGUAAAAUCGGGUAAGCUAAGUUUGGUAUACACUUCGGUUGCAAUAAAUAAUCGAUUGGGAGUAAAUCCCAGGAAGGAAUGAUCUCUUUUCUUGUUAUAUAACAGCUUGAUGGUUUGUUUAUGUUUACUUUGGAGUAAAACAAACUAGUAUUUACAUAUUAAUGAUGAAUUACCAAGAUGGAUCAAGCCAGGCACAGUGUGCUCGGUGUGUUUUCUCAUCUCAUUC